AUGUUCAAGUUAGCACAAGAAUCUGCAAUGAAGGAUGUAGAACAGGUGUUUGGAGUCCUCAAACAAAAGUGGCACAUAAUCAAACAUCCGGCACGAACAUGGGACAGAGAAAAAUUGAGGACAAUGUUGACUGCUUGUGUUAUUUUACAUAACACGAUAAUAGAAGAAAAGGAUAGGGCUAUUUGCUCAUAUACCACAAACGAUAUACUUAAUCCACCAGCAUUAAUACCAGUUAGCAGCGCGGCAUACUUCUCAAGAGUUUUGGAAAUACAAAACCGUGAAACACAACACAAUCUACGACAUGAUUUGACCGAAUACAUACGAGAAAGACAAUUUCAAGGGCAAAAUGACAGUGAAGACGAGGAUGAUGACGAUGGUGACGGUGAAGAGGAUGAUGGCGGUGAACGAUGA